ACUGUUUUAAAAUAUUGGGUUUUAAUUUUAUCAACAAUAAAUUUUCGAAUUAUUGCUGUUUAGCUAGGACUAGUUGGCCUAGUUGCAAUUUCUUUGGUUUCAUGGUUGUGUAAUUAUCGACGGUAAAAAUGAAAUUACUGUAUUAGUUCAUUUUAAGCGUUAACAGUUGGUGUUUCAUUUGUGAGACAAGAUUAUACACACACGUGAUGCUAAUGUUUGAAGGAUUUCUUUUUUGAGAUAUAAAGAGAGAGUUCAUGAAACUUAUGCACAAUGGAAUAAAUGCUGGAUGGAGAUUCUGUUUGCAUUUUUUUUUAUUUAAAGAAAAAGUUUCAUUGUUCUGUACAUUCUUUUCAUUAAAUUCGGUGGUAUUCUUGGCCUUGCAACCUUCAGAAGUAAAAAGCCAACAAUAUAAGCUCUAUAUUUGUCUGUCUUUAGUCUUGUCCUGGCUUUUUAAGUUUUGAGAUCUCCCUUCUGAUGAUAUAUCAAGUUAGUUAAAGAACUAUGAUUUGUUAACAGAUGAUCACUGCAUUUUCUGUUUUUCCACUCUGCUGAAAGCAAAAAUCUUCUUCUGGGUCAAAGCUUGGGUUAACUCUGUUGUUGAUAUGGGUGUUUUCCACUUUCUGUAAGUUGAAUUCAGUCAUAUUUUGUGUUGUCAAUGGCUAAUGUUGUUGUAAACCAGGAGGGGGUGCCAGAAAACUUAAGGAAACAGCUUGCAGUGGCUGUAAGGAGCAUCCAGUGGAGCUAUGCUAUUUUCUGGUCGUUAUCAGCUACACAACAAGGGGUACUUCAAUGGGGUGGAGGGUACUACAAUGGAGACAUCAAGACUAGGAAGACUGUUCAAGUAAUGGAGCUCAAAGCUGAUAAAAUAGGUCUACAGAGGAGUGAACAACUGCGAGAGCUUUAUGAGUCUCUGCUGGAAGGUGAAACUGACCAAACUAAGAGGCCUUCUGCUGCAUUAUCUCCAGAGGAUCUGUCUGAUGCAGAGUGGUAUUACUUGGUUUGCAUGUCGUUUGUGUUCAAUCAUGGACAAGGCUUGCCAGGAAGAGCAUUAGCAAAUGGUGAAACCAUAUGGCUAUGUAAUGCUCAAUAUGCAGAUAGUAAAAUAUUCUCCCGCUCUUUGCUUGCAAAGAGUGCAUCUAUUCAGACUGUGGUUUGUUUCCCCUACCUUGGAGGUGUGAUUGAGCUGGGUGUAACUGAACUGGUUCCGGAGGACCCGAGUCUCCUUCAGCACAUUAAAGCUUCCUUGCUGGACUUCUCAAAGCCUGUUUGCUCUGAGAAAUCUUCCUCUGCUCCUCAUAAUGCAGAUGAUGACAGAGAUCCUGCAUGUGUCAAGGUCGACCGUGAGAUAGUGGAUUUGUUGGACUUGGAGAACCUCUAUUCCCCUACAGAAGAAAUCAAAUUUGAUCAGGAGAAGUUUAAUGAAUUACAUGAAAAUAUCAAUGAAGAUUUCAACAUCAGUUCCCCUGAUGAGUGCUCGAAUGGAUGUGAACAAAAUCAUCAGAUGGAGGACUCAUUUAUGCUUGAAGAUGUGAAUGGUGUUGCUUCUCAAGUUCAAAGUUGGCAUUUCAUGGAUGAUGACUUUAGCAAUGGUGUUCAAAUUUCCAUUAACUCAAGUGACUGUGUAUCUGAAGCUUUUGCAAAUCAAGAAAAAGCUGCUAUCUCCUCUCCCAAGCAGGGAAGUGUAAACCAUUCUCAUUUUAAAGAAUUCCAAGAAGGCAAUCACACAAAACUAAGCUCUUUUGAUCUUGGGGUUGAUGAUGAUUUGCACUACAGAAGAACUCUUUCUGCUAUUCUGGGAACUUCAAAUUGGUUGAUUGAAAGCCAAGGUUUUCAUACUUGUGGCUAUAAAUCUAGUUUUAUUAGUUGGAAGAAAGGAGAAAAGGCAAAUUUUCAUAGACCGAGGGUACAACAGAACAUAUUUAAAAAGAUUCUGUUCGCAGUUCCUCUAUUGCAUGCCGGCAGUUCUCUUAUGUCUCAGAAGGAAACUGGUGGAAAACAUUGCCUUGGGAAAUUGGAAAAUGAUGAUGAUGAUGAAAAAGGAUAUCUUUUACCAGAAAAAAGAAGAGAGGAAGAGAAGUUUCUGGUCCUUAGGUCAAUGGUUCCUUCUAUCAGUGAGAUUGACAAAGCAUCAAUUCUUAAGGAUACAAUCAAGUACUUGAAAGAGCUAGAAGCAAGGGUAGAAGAGUUGGAAUCUUGCAUGGACUCAGUGGACUUUGAGGCAAGACCUAGAAGGAAUUGCCUGGAUGCAAUGAAGCAGGCAUCAGAUAAUCAUGAAAACAGAAAGGUUGAAAAUGUCAAGAAGUCUUGGAUAAACAAGAGGAAGGCCUGUGACAUUGACGAAAGCCACGAAACCGGCUCAGAACAAAGCAGGGUUAUUCCAAGAGAUGGCCUUACAUCAGAUGUGAAAGUAAGCAUAAAGGAACUGGAAGUUAUAAUUGAAAUAAGAUGUCCUUCCAGGGAAUUCUUGUUGCUGGAUAUCAUGGAUGCUAUAAACAACCUACACUUGGAUGCCCACACGGUUCAAUCAUCUACUCUCGAAGAUGUUGUCAUAGUGACCAUGAAAUCUAAGUUCCGAGGAGCAGCAAUUGCACCUGCAGGGAUGAUCAAACAAGCACUACAAAGAGUUGCAACCAGGCAGAAGCUAUUUGCAGAAAUUACCCAUAGAAAUAGAAAAUCUCCUACGAGAAUAUUCGUAGCUUUAUCUCGCUACGUCACUUUAUGCUAUAGAAACCCAAAUCACGACGACCCAGUCGAUCCUUAUGCUGAAAAAGAUCAUGUAAUAUCAUGGACAUCCGAGUUAUCCAAGUUGGUAAGGCAAGGCCAGCCCGAGGAAGCCAUUGGCUUGUUCAAGACAAUGUUAAUGAGUAAUCAAAGGCCAAAUUAUGUUACAAUUUUGAGCUUAGUAAAAGCCGUUGAUACUUUAGAUUGGGAGGCAUUGACAAUGAUGGUUCAUGGGUUGGUGAUCAAGAUGGGGUUUGAAUCAGAACCCUCAGUUUUAACUGCUCUUAUUGGGACUUAUUCCAUUUAUGGUAUGGGAAUUUGUUGGAGUUUGUUUAAUCAAAUACCCAAUAAAGAUGUUGUUUUACGGAGUUCUAUGGUUUCUGCAUGUGUUAAGAAUGGGGACUAUGUGGACGCUCUUGAGUUGUUUAGAAGAAUGCAUUCUCUUGGGUUGAAAGCUAAUCAUGUAAGUAUUGUCAGCAUCUUGCCUGCUUGUGCUAAUCUGGGCGCUCUUCAGCUAGGUAGAGAAAUACAUGGUUUUAUUAUAAGAAGAAUGAUUUGUUAUGUCAAUAGCGUUCAGAAUUCAUUGGUUGAUAUGUAUGCAAAAUGUAAGAGUCUUCAGACAGCGAUCUGUGUUUUUAAUGGGAUGUUGAAGAAGGACUUGGUUUCUUGGAGGAAUUUGAUCCGUGGUUAUAUUGAGAAUGAAUGUGGAAUAAAAACAUUGGAUGUUUUUUCAAAGAUGCGGGGGUUGUCUUUCUUCGCUCCGGAUGAAUUUGUUGUCCGGGAUAUGAUUAUGGCAGUGUUACAAUCUGGAGAGAGCAAAAUUGGAUCAGCAUUUCAUUGCUACAUUCUGAAAACCGGGUUCUUGGCUUUUGUUUCCAUUGCAACUGCACUGUUGCAGAUGUAUGCUAAGUUUAGCAUGGUGGCUUCAGCUAGGAAUGUAUUUGAUCACAUCAGUAAUAAAGAUGUCAUUGCUUGGAAUGCGAUGAUUUCAGCUUAUGCUCAAAGCAGGCUGCCUUUUAAUGCCAUCGAUACAUUUAGACAGAUGUUAUUGAUGAAUGAGAAACCUAGUGAGUUCUCUUUAGUUAGUCUAUUACAAAUCUGUUCUCUGAUGGCAUCUCAAGAAGUAUCUGAUAAAGUUGGAGAAACCAUCCAUGCUUUUGUGGCGAAAGUUGGUUACUCGAGGAAUGUGUAUUUGUCCUCAGCUUUGAUAGAUUUCUACUGCAGAUUUGGAAGGGUUAAGCAAGGAAAGUUUCUUUUUGAUGAAGUUCCUACGAAAGAUCUUAUUUGUUGGAGUUCAAUGAUUAAUGGGUAUGUACUGAAUGGUUAUGGAAUUGAGGCUCUUGAGACAUUUGCAAACAUGUUGGAUUGUGGGAUAAAGCCCAAUGACAUUAUUUUUCUUUCUGUUUUAUCUGCUUGUAGUCACUGUGGGCUUAAAAAUGAGGGUUGGAAGUGGUUUUAUUCUAUGAAAGAGAAGUAUGGAAUUACUCCAAAGCUUGCACACUAUGCAUGUAUGGUGGAUUUGCUCAGUCGCCAGGGUCAUAUUGAACAAGCUCUACACUUUGUGAGGAAAAUGCCAAUGGAGCCAGAUAAGAGAAUCUGGGGCGCUCUUCUUGCUGGUUGUAGAGUCUCGCCUGGUCCAAUUAAGAUUGUAGAGUUUGUUGUUGAACGGCUUUCCACCUUGGACCCACAAAAUAGUAGUCAUUAUUACAUGAUUUUGUCAGACCUAUAUGCUGAGGAGGGUAGAGGGGAAGAUGCCGAGAGGCUAAGAAGAUUGGUCGAUGACAAUGCCAAGAGGGGAAAAGAAUAGUUGGAUACCACAGUAGUCAAUGCAACUACUCUCCUGUACAUACUUUCAAUUGAUUUUAUAACAAGUAGGUAACCAAAUGAUUUCCUGUCUCUGUCUGUAAUUCAUUUUGUAGUAUGUUGAAAAUAUAUUCUUAAAAUUUGUAACUUGUAAAACUUGAGAGCUUUUUUUGAUGGAAUCUGAGAUCUUUCUU